GCGCGUUUCAAGUCAGUGUGUGAAAAACCUGCGCAAGCGAGCCCACGUACACGCACGAUUGGCGUCAUCCGGCGUUUUGGGCCAGCAGCAACGCGCAGACAAAGCGGAAAAGAUCCUGCCCAGAGACGCUCUCUGCAGUCUUCUGAUGUGCAAAGAAAGAAGGUCAGCUUGACAUCAUGAGCGAUCGGUUCGACUGCAAGAACUGCUGCGAGUCCCUGUACGGACGCAAGUACAUCCAAGUGGACGACGACCCCCACUGCAUCCCGUGCUACGACCGCUUGUAUGCCAACACCUGCCAGGAAUGUAAAGAAAUCAUCACUCACAAUGCUAAAGAGCUCUUCUAUAACAACAGAUACUACCACGAUCACUGCUUCCGCUGCAUGCGCUGCGACCGCUCUCUGGCCGACGAGCCCUUCACCAGUCAGGAAGACGCUCUGGUGUGCAGCGAGUGUUACAGCAACGAAUUCUCCUCCAAGUGUGUAGUGUGCGACAAGAAAGUUAUGCCUGGAUCAAAGAUAUUAGAGUACGACGGCUCCACGUGGCACGAGGACUGUUUUGUGUGCCACGGUUGCGAAAAGCCCAUCGGCGGCGAGGCCUUCAUCCCGGACAAAAACAAUUAUUACUGUGUGCCGUGCUAUGAGGGCAGGCUUGCUCCUCGCUGCAGCCACUGCAACAAGCCUCUGACAAAAGGAGGAGUGACCUACAGGGACGAGGUGUGGCACAAAGACUGCUUCCUCUGCACGGGCUGCAAAACACCUCUGGCCGGUCAACCUUUUACCUCGGAGGGGGAAAAACCUUACUGCGUCAAGUGCUUCAGCAGCCUCUAUGCCAAAAAAUGCGCUGGUUGCAACACGGCCAUCACGGGGUUCGGAGAUGGGAAAUACAUUUCUUUCGAGGAGCGACAGUGGCACCAGCCCUGCUUCAAGUGCUCACGAUGCUCCGUGUCGUUGGUUGGCUCCGGCUUCUUUCCGGACCGGGACCAGAUUCUGUGUACGGACUGCAACAAUGACGACUGACUGAAGCGCAAAACUUUCCAAACCUCAGCGGUGAUACUGCAAAUGCGCCCACCAGUUCACUCCGAGCUUAUCCAACUCAUGUAGCCACGGUGGGGGUCAUUGUUUUGUAUGAAAUCAUCAAAAAUAAUCCUGUUGGUCUAUGUUAUUUUUUGUUAAUUCUAAUAAAUUUUCGCACCAUGUUACAUGAAUAAAAUAUACAUUGGGCAUA